AUGGCUCGCAAGGCGUCGUCCGUCCCUGAGGGAUACAAGGAGGAUCUGUCCAAGGGCAAGAUGCUCCGGUUCGAAGACUCCCUGCCCCGCCUCCCCGUCCCAUCCCUAGAGGAGACCGGCAAGCGGUACCUCAAGUCCGUUCACCCGCUGGUAUCCGAGGCCGAGUACGAGCGCACCAAGAAGGCCGUCGAGGCAUUUAUCCGUCCCGGUGGUGAGGGUGAGCCCCUCCAGAAGCGUCUGCUGGAGCGCGCUGCCGACCCCAAGAUCAAGAACUGGCUCGCCGAGUGGUGGAACCAGGCCGCCUACCUGGGUUACCGUGACCCCGUCAUUCCCUAUGUCUCCUACUUCUAUUCCUACCGCGACGACCGUGCGCGCCGCAACCCCGCCAAGCGUGCAGCUGCCAUUACCUCCGCUGCACUGGAGUUCAAGCGCCAGGUCGAUGACGGCUCUCUCGAGCCGGAGUACAUGCGCGGCCAGCCCAUGGCCAUGAGCUCGUACGAGUACAUGUUCAACUGCUGCCGGCGAGGACUUCCCCGCAAGUACUCGGCCGCCGAGAACCAGCACAUCGUUGUGGUCCGCAAGAACCAAUUCUUCAAGGUUCCUCUGGUCGUCGACGGCCAGGCCCUGAACGUGUCUGAGCUGGAGCUGCAGUUCCAGCGCAUCUACGAGACUGCCCAGCCCGCCCCGCCGGUCGGUGUGCUGACUGCGGCCCACCGUGACCACUGGACUGCUGCCCGCAAGACGCUCAUUGCUGCCGACCCGGCUAACGAGCAGGCGCUGCAGGACAUUGAGUCGGCCGGCUUCGUCAUCUGUCUGGAUGACGCCAAGCCUGUCACUCUGGAGGAGCGCGCUCACCAGUACUGGCACGGUGACGGCAGCAACCGCUGGUUUGACAAGCCCCUGCAGUUCAUUGUCAACGACAACGGCACUGCUGGCUUCAUGGGUGAGCACUCCAUGAUGGAUGGCACCCCCACCCACCGCCUGAACGACUUCAUCAACGCCCUGAUCUUCGGCAAGAAGAUCGACCUGUCCGCCAGGUCCGUCCGCUCGCAGCUGGCCGACCCCAAGGCCAUCAGGUUCAGCCUGAAUGAUGAGGCCAACGAGGCCGUUGACGUCGCGGCCCAGUACCACCGCAAGCAGAUUGGCUCGCACGAGCUGGUCGUCCAGGCUUACCAGGGCUAUGGCAAGGGCCUGAUCAAGAAGUUCAAGUGCAGCCCCGACGCCUACGUCCAGAUGGUCAUCCAGCUCGCCUACUACAAGAUGUACGGCAAGAACCGCCCCACCUACGAGUCUGCCUCGACCCGUAAGUUCCAGGAAGGUCGUACCGAAACCACCCGUACCGUCUCAGACGAGAGCACUGCCUUCACCCGCGCUUUCUGCGACCCCGAUGUCCCCCGCGAGGAGGUAGUCAAGCUAUUCCGUGCUGCCCUUGCUCAGCACACCAAGUACACCCUCGAGGCUAGCGACGGCCACGGUGUUGACCGCCACCUGUUCGGCCUGAAGAAGCUCCUCCAGCCUGGCGAGAAGCUUCCCGCCCUUUACGAGGACCCCGCGUACACUUACUCUGGCUCCUGGUACAUCUCCUCCUCCCAGCUCAGCUCGGAGUUCUUCAACGGCUACGGCUGGAGCCAGGUCAUUGAUGAUGGCUUCGGCAUUGCCUAUAUGAUCAACGAGAACAGCCUCAACUUCAACAUCGUCUGCAAGCGCCUCGGUGCCCACCGCAUGAGCUACUACCUCAACGAGGCUGCCUCGGAGCUGCGCGACGUCCUCCUGCCCGAUCUGGCCGCUCAGCCCGAGAAGCCCAAGCUGUAA